AAUUUUGUUUAUAAAAUUGCAGCCGAGCUGAAAAUUAGAGACACUCUAAAGGACAUUGAUGACGCAUCUCUAGACAAAAUAGAAGAGGCUUUCACCGCCAAUAAUUUGUGCCGCUGUAAAAAUCCAGUUACAACAGCUUUUGAGGUUAGUCUGUAUCAGCAUCAAUCCUCUUAUAUAGACGCUUACAAGUGAUUUGGGAGCGAAGAUAUUUUGAGAGCAAAAAGUCAUGGCGAGACACUUAGUUUGAGCAGAAAACCCACCUACGGCCAUCUUUUUCUAUUUUCUGCGCGAAAACGUUUAAAAAAAUCAGCGAAGGUGAUUCUCUUCAAACGGCCUUCCUUCUCACUGACAUCUCUGAUCAGAAGAAUUAAGAGCUGUGGGAAUCAAUUAACCAGGCAAUCAAGUUGGGGUAAGAGCGCAGUGUUGUAUGGUACUAAAAUACCCUUCAGUUGGAUAAAUCUGUCUCAACCAUUUUCUCACCGUUUGUAAAGCAAAAAUAAAUCAACAACGACAAGAAUUAUUUUAGGUCACGAUAUUCAUACGCAUCAUAAUCAUUUCUAGAUUCAAGAUCAAGCAUGUUGGUCCAGCACAUCAUUGAUCCAGUUUUGUUGGAUGGUGUAAUUGUAUCCGUUUGAAAGAAAGAAAUAUUAUUCACUCAUUUAGGCCGGAUUCACCAUCAUCCAUCAUCUUCAAGGCCGUCCAACGGUGUUCAGGGGAAUCCAAAAUUCGCUUUCACAGCCUAAUGUAGGACACCAGUUUUUUAUUACUCUCCAUGCAGGUUUCAACGAAACUUAGGGAACUCUCCUACUAUCGAGACGAGAGUGCAGUAUUUUUUACUACGCUAGCAGAGCAGGUUGAGGACUUCUCUGUUACGCUCAUGGAUCAAAUCAACACGAAAGAGGAAAUCUCAAUUGAGCACGAGGAAAUCAGUGAUAUGGACCCAUAUGCGUCUUUACUUGAUAGCAUCACCGAAUCAGCUAUUCGCUUUUCGCAGAAAAAGGUAUAUAAACUUUAUAAUGAUAUGGCUGCUGGAUUUAAACGUUCAACAAAAGUUGCUAUUAACCGUGCUAAUAUACAACAAAGUUUUUCUACGUUUCCUGAGACACAGAAUAUCGCAAAGUGCCGAAAAAUAUUGAGAUUCGUCAAGGUAUGAAAAAGGGUAUGAUUUUUGGGCCGUUUGAUCUGAAAACGGGUACAUUGUAUAAACUUUGCCUAUUUUGGUCUGGAAUCACGGGCAUGGUUUUUCAGGGAACGACGGGAGUGCAUGAACGUAUUUCUCGUUUCAAUUCCAAGUGAAUAAGAAAGAGAGUUAGAGUUAAAUGUGAUUUCGAAAUAGAUUUUAAGCUUAUGGGCUCUUGGUAUGAUGACAAAAUUUUUCCUAGGGAAACGUAUGUUGCGUUUGUGAGUCCUCCAAGUUGGAAGACGGAUAUGUAUUUAGGGGAGCAGGUCUGAAAAGGGGUGUGGAAAUGACAUUCUUGGUCUAAAAAUGGGGUCAGGAUUUGAGAAACGGGUGGCACACCCCUACCAAGAGUAACCCCCCACUGGGAAAUCAGCCUACUGUCUGUAAGGAAAUAAAUAUUUGCAGACAACAGGCCUAACGGGAUAACCAUUUAAAACCAAAAAAACGGGAAAUGUAAAUGAAAAUCUGAUAAAGAGAGGAAAACACUUCGUCGACAAAGCUUCUGUCGGAGAUACAUUGCGUGAAAGAAAUAAGAAAGAAUUUAUUAAUAAUAGCACAAGAUUUGAAAGUAGUGAUAAUAGCAAAAAUGUUUUACUUUCCAACAACUCAACUUUUUUGUGCUUUUAUUUUUCCCUAUAGUUUGUAUCCCUUCCACUGUCGUACAGACUGCUGAGCCAAAGGUGGAACUAUGGUUUGCCACUUGACUGUCAACCAGGGAAAAAAUUGAGGUUUCUUGUAUAUGUAUUUAUCGUACUCGACACUAUUUUGACUCCUGUGUUUCUUCCUCUUAUCACAUAUGCCUUCUACAAGGACCAGGUAACCUGUCUGACUCGUGAAGAGGUUAAACGGAACAAGAAAACAUUAAGAGGUUCGUUACCGAUGGAAGAACAUUAUUAAAGCCGAAUUAUAUUCUUUACAAGCACUCCAUUAACAUAGUUAGAAACAAAUAAAAAUUCUCAAACUACAUAUAUUUCAGAAGGACCCUAAAUAGGCAAUUGGCUCGUAAGCGUGUCAGUAGUAAUUUAUAGGAAUUUUCGAGCAAGUGUUCAAAGGAACUGUAAACCUAGAACUUCCUGUUGCUGUCCCUGUCUCCUUGCAAAAGGAGUUUAUCAGAGAUCUUAAGUUCCGACGACGGCGAUGGCAAUGAGAACAUAAAAAAAAAAAGAGUAAGAGGUUAAAUAAUCAAAACACCAACUCUGUAAUUAAGUGCAUCACAUGUAUUUGUACAAUUCUUUGCCGUCACUGUAAGACUACGACAUGAAAGUGCCUAAUUCAAUCUCUUUAACGGAGGACGUAAACAAGCCACGAGGAAAUUUUCUUUUUUUUUCUUAACUUGGAUAUCAUAUCUUAAAAGUUCCACUUUAGAAGACCCUCUGUAAAAACAAAGGAGACGAAUUUCGUUGGAAGAAAAACAUGAAAAUUUCAUAGCGGCGGUGAGAAAAUGAGAAAUGCUAGCGGCCACCAAGCUGAAAUGAGCGGCAGUGAAAAACAUAAAAGCGAACAGGAACUCAAGCAACAAAAUUUUGAUGAACAAAAAAUUCCUUUUGAUGAGCAAAACGGCAUUGUAGUAAAAAACAAAUUUUGAAAAAAAAAACGAACUAAUUCUUCAAUGUUGAUCCAUCAAAACGACGUUAAAAUGUUUCCAGCUAAUUAGGAAAAGUCUUGGUGGUGAUUAAUUUUUUUUUUCGUCUUUAACUGAUUAGGGUUACUAUAAAACUCCCCAUUGACCAAACGUUCAGCAACAUCGUCUCUAUAUAUAAACAUAUCCGAAUACGUUUUUGGCGCCUAUAAAUUCUAAUACCCUAUAUGUACUUAAAUCUGGAAAUAUUUAUGAAUCGAGUGCGUACGUACCUAAGUAAUGAUAUGUAAACGCGGAAUUGGCCACGAUGUCUAAUUACUGGGUUCGACGUUACAACUUAUCUUGUUUGUCUUGCAGAUAUGUACCUGGACUACUUAACAACCCCCUUCGUCAUCUUUUUAAAGGAAAAACUACAACAAGUAGUGUUCAUAGCUUUACACAUCAGAAUAUGUGUACUGGGGUCUCCUGUAUCACCAAGAAUCGAGGAAUAUCUCAUUCUUGUAUUUUACAUCGGAUUGUUGAUCUCUGAGUUUCAGCAAUAUCAUACAUCUCAAUCCAAAGUUUAUUUUCGGUAAGAUGGCAAGGCUAAGACCUGUAAUAAAGUAAUUAACUUUCGCGUAUAACCCUUCCUCAGACUUUCCUUAUAAUAGUCUAUGAAUGUUUAUUAAUUGAGAGUCAGAAAAGCUUUUGAAAUCGGUCUUGAUUCUGGCUAUCUUCCAAUGACGCGUGGGCUCCUCAACUGAGCGUAAGUUUGAAAAGAACUUUCAUAAGGGGUCCAAAUAUUCAGCAAUUGUCACAAACCUGAAAAAAAAUAUGUAUUAAUGCAGAUCAAAGGGUUAAAACACUUUUUAGCACAAAACUAUUACCUCUUCUGGAGCUACAGUGGUGGUUAGAGGGAGAUUUGGAUUCGCUUUUUUUGCUCAUCCUCUAUAAAAUAAUCAUCUAGACACUGUUCUUUAGCAACAUAAACUCAAGCAGCAAUACAAAUAAAUAUAUAUAUAUUAUUCUUGAAAAUCAAAAAUAAAAAACAUUUUUCACUUCUAUUAUAAGAAUGAUGAGUCCAACAUUUGGAUGCUUUAAAUUAUUUAUGAAAAUAACAUACUGUAGUUAAUGACAUUUUGUUUUCCAUGCUUUGUUGAUCGAAAGGUAGUUUUGUUUUCUUUUUUACUGUUUACGCCCGACUUACCGUGAAAUUUUUACUUUGCUUACCGUAUGUUAAAAUGGUACUCAUUUGUAAAAGUUGUUCUUCACAAAAUACUUUUGAGUCUUGUCUUUCUUCUCCAGAAAUAUGUGGAACUAUGUGGAUGUCAUUACCCUCUCCUGUCACGCCAUCAUAUUUGUCCUCAGAGUUGCGUCCAUCAUUAAAGGUGGAGAUCCGUACCAUAACAGACUACUACAGGUAAUUAACUAUCUCUACGGUGUAAACACUCUGCUGCUAGUCUUGAGGUUUUCAAGCAUACUGGAAUUAAACAAAACAGUUGGACCACCUCAGUUGGCUUUGUUCAGAAUGAUCGUCGACCUUAUGAUCAUUUUAGUUCAGUUUGCGUUUGUAAUUUUGGCUUUCUCUGUUGCCAUCACAAUGAUCUACACCGCCGAGAUGUCUUAUUUGACCCCAGCACAAGAGGUGGAAACCAACCGGACCCAGGUUAAAAGGUGAGGCUAGCGCAUGUUUAUUUUUUCCUUUUUUUUCUCUCGCUGCUUUCAUCUUUAAUAAGUUCUUUUUUUAACCGGAAAUUAACAGAUGUGUAUCUUUGCUAGUUAUUUUGUUUUAUUUUUUUAACUUAUUCUUUGUAAACUUAUUUUUUUUAGCUUUUGUGCGAGUGGGUCAUCGUCUUGGUAAGUUCUUUACUCACGUGAUAAAAAAAAAAUACACAUAAAAUUUGUUGCCGAGUUUUAUAGACCUAAGCUUUUUAAAGGCCUCUGGAAUUCAUUAACCCGCAGAUCAGGCGUUGCAUUUUUUGAUCUAAUCCUGCCCCGCUUGCCUUUGUUCGCCGGGAAAAAAAGUAAGUAUCUUCCUGGAAUUGGCAUUUCUGUUUUACCUCUUGGUGUAUCUUCUUUUAAUAUGAUAGCAGCAAGACCCAUGGCUCUUGAUAGCAGUUAACCUGUCAUUGUUAAAAUCAGUUGAUAACUAAUUUCGUUUCUUGAAAACUUGCGUAAUUGUCAGCUAGUGUCAAAAUAUAAAGAAUGACGGAUGGACGAAAGACCAACUGCAGAAAUUCUAUAAUGAAAAAAAAAAAAAAGGUUAAAGGCAUGUUUAUAGUGGAAGGUGCACUUAGCUAGUCAGCUAAUUUACAGGCACUCCACUCAAAUAUUCUGAAAUAUUUAGAAACAAAUAAUUCAAAUACAACAUAACAGGAUUAAAAACCCCAACUGGCAGAAGGCAACCAGUUGGCUAUAUAACAACUGAAAGUAUGCAUUUGCCUAAAUCCUCUUUCCUAUGAUUAUAACGUUGACUUUUUUAACGAUGCAUGUCAGUAACUUGCCACCAAAAGCGUUAAUACCGCUGAAGUACUAGUUCCCUGGCAAUUUCAACAUAUUUAAUUUUAUCAGUGCUAUUUUCCAUUGCAUAGCUUAUUUAAAGCAUCUACCCAUCUUGUAUGGUCAGUCUUUGGCCUGACGAAUCUGGAGACCCUGGAAUCCCAUGACACCUGGUCAGAUACAGUCGUUGGAGUCCUCUACGUAAUGUUUCUGGUUUUAGCUGUCAUUAUGCUGAUCAACAUGCUAGUCGCUUUGCUCAACAACACUUACAGUAAAGUGGAGGUAAAUAACGUUGCCGUAACUUUUUGAUCAUCGAAAUCGGUUGAAACUUUCAUUCUAAAAAAACAAAUCAAAAACAUAAUCAACACGCAUAUAAAUACGUUCGGGCCACAAUCUACGUUGCGAGGUUCGUGUGAGUGUUAUUUUAAAGGGACUAUGUCUCGCUUUUUGCUAUCUUGUCAAUUAAAAGGCUAACUAAAGACUAUUUUCCAGCCAAUCGAAUUCCAAAAAUAGUGGUUCAGCAGGCACUAGAACUGUUUCGUGUUCUUUAUUGCAGCCAAUGACAAAGAGCAGAUUUUACUUAAAACAGCAAUAUGUCUAAUAUCCUUGUGACAAAGACCCCGUCUAAGACCUUAAAAGAACUGAGAGUUACUUAGAAGAGUGAAAGCAAGACGUCGUAAAAACAAUCAAAUAUGUCUAUUUUUAUUGACUCGACACCCGCAGGAGAUAAUUAAAGCAUCUGGGUCCCCUAAUAUGCACUCUUUAAAACAUAUGAUGUCGCGUUUCAGGAUAAAAUUCUUUAAAUGGCUUACGGAAUACGGGAUUGACUGAAUGUUUUAAUCAGGGAACAUUUCUUGUUGGCCAUGUUUGUUUUUAGACUAACGCAGAUGUGGAAUGGAAAUUUGCUCGCGCAGUAGUCGCUAAUGAAUAUAGAAGACAUCAUCCCAUUGUUGUUCCUUUCAACAUCAUCACCUUCCCUAUCUCUCACUGUUAUAUCAAGAAGUACGGAGACAGCCGAGCAGAGGUUAGGAGAGCCUAGCUGCAGAUAAUUUCCUAACCCGGAAUCAGUCUUAGCUAACGAAUAUGUAUAUACACGAUGUCAUCCUAUUCCUCUCUCUCUCUAAUAUUAAUGUUCUAUAUACUUACGACGUCUUGUCUCGUGUGGAAAAUAAGAUAUCUCGCCCCCAAGGUGAAUAAUUUAGACAUUUCUCCCCUCUCUGAGUGUAUUACGUCUUCACAGUCUUUUCGUCCCUUUCGUUGUAAGACCCCCCAACUGAUAAUUAUUGCACAAAGGCCUUAACAUGACAAACUUGUUAUGCCUACCGUUACCGAAAACAUAUCAGUUUCAUUACAUUUCAUUCAUGAAGACCACCUUUUGUUAAUUAGCAAUUAUUGGCUAUGAUCUGAAGAAUUAUUCGAACUUAUGCAGAUCGGGAGGGUGUAAUCCACCUCUGCCCGCAUAAUUAGUGAGAAUAUAUGAAAGCCGAAUCCACAAUUGCUUUAUUAUAUUCAUUUAUCAUAAAAUAUUUCUUACUUUAAAAGACAUGCUAGCCCUUGAUCGGUUAGUUUCCGUCUUCAUUUGCCUGUUACUCGGCAUCAUGAAACUGUCCACCUACCCCUCCCCUAAGCCAACAUUCACACUUACUUGUCUCUUAAGGCAAAAUGUUGGCUUGGGGAGGGGUAGGAAGCAAAUUCAAAUAAAAGGAGAUGUCUUGAAUCAAAGCCGUUCCAAAGUCGUUCCACAGUCGAAAUUACCGGCCGGGCUGUACGCGUGAGGAGCGGCUGAGCCGUUCCAAAUUGCAUUUGAAACUGAGGCGUUCCUAAUUAAGAACGGACUAGUGCGCACGUGAUAAUAAGAUAAGCAGCGCCAUAUACAGGUCCGCUAGUUAGCGUAGUCUUCUUAUUUAAGACGCCGAAUUACUUUUCAUGUACUUAAUUCAAUGUAUUUAUUUAGGUUCAGCUCAUGAAAAGAACGGCGUCUGAACCGGGCCUUAAUCGAAUGUUUAUUUUACCCAUCUCUAUAGUUUUGUCGGUAAGGCAGAGUGUUUAAGAGGAAAAAAGGGCCAGUGACACCAUCAGAAUUAUGGAAUAGAAAAAAGAUAAAGGGAAUACUAACACAAAGACACCAAUAAAGUGAGAAAAAUGUAUCAGUCAUCCCGAUUUAAAGAUAAAAAAGAAAAGCUCUUUCAAAAAAUCAAAAAUAUUUUUUAUUUCAACUGUACAUGUACGCACGGGCGUAUAUGCGUAUAUGGACUCUACGCUCCUAAACCUGAAUAUAAUGUUGAUCUUUAACAUAUACGCGAUGUACGUCAUCUUAUAUUGUUUUUCCCUUUUUCAUGAUCACUUUUUCAAACUUUCUCUAUUGAUCGCAAGAUUUAGGAAAUAACUGUGCAUUAUAUGGGGAAAAUGUCCCUUAUUUUGGCCCUUCGAUCGACCGGCCAAUGUCUUAUAAAGAGACAGAAACAAUUUUCGUAAAUUCAGAGUAAGAUAUUACUAAAAUAUACUUAAUUACUAGUGGUCCACAUAUUCACGUCAAGAGUGAAAUUAAGAAUGUUACGUUGCACAAGGAGUCACUGACUUUUACGAAAUAUAUGUGAAAAAAGAAAAGCCCGAUUUCGAUUCUCACCUUUGUUGUUUGGCGUUUUCUAUUCAUUAAAAUUACUAAAUGGGAAAAGGAAAAAUGAAACGUUGUUUUGUUUGCUCGUUACUUGGUCAAAGCGACAUAUCAAGCUGCUGAUUGAAUUUUUAAGGUUUUGAGUGGCUAGUUUUGAGCGUAACUGUGGGCUUCUCUUUUUGCGAGAGGAUUGAAUAUCAUCAUGAAGAGGAAGAAUAAAUUAAAGCCUAUUAAGACAUAACAAAGUGCGGUCGAAGAAAAUUACUAGGAAGAGGAUAAUGCUUUUUUCAUGUUUUAGUGGUUAUGGUUGGUGUUACGUACCAGUUUGACCAAUUUUAGGUUUAGGAAAGGAGGGAAGAGUACAAUUAUAAUUGUUCGGUUGAUUUCACCCUCAUCAAUAUAUCAGUGUACUAUUAAUUUUACGACUUUUCGCGCAUGUUUUCAGCAAAUCAAUUAAAAUAAACUAUGUCAUGCGUUUGUAAACUUUCGAUGAAAAUUAGAUAUCCCCCCUCCAAGGUGAAUAAUUUGGACAUUGUCCACCUCUGUUGGUGUAUUACUUUACACUCCCCUUCCGUUGUAACCCCCCUAGAUUAUUAUGCACAGGGCAUUAACUUAAAUCGUGUCAAAAUGGUUACACCUACCAUACCGACAAAACAUCAUCCAUUUCAGUUUAUUCAAGACUUAAAUGACUUUAAGUUAUUCCGCCUUUUGUUAAAGAGAUUUGACCUCUUUAAAAAGGAGUACCUUAAUUAACUUUCACCCAAUAAUGCUAACUCUAUAAUGUCUCAUUGGCCGAAUUUAUACUAGAGACGAAUUAUCCGUCUGUACGGAUUAUCCGUCUCAGAAGGAUAAUCCGUCUCUAAUAUAAAUACGGUGCUAAGACGAAUUAUGGAGCAAAAUAAUUAGUCUGAGGCUGAUUCAUCUGUUAAGUGUUAUUGUCAGAAAAAACCGGGCAAUAGCAAAAGAUCGAGGUCUGCCGUUUACCUUCAUGUUUUCACAGUAUGAAAGCUAUCUGAAAAGAUUAACAACCAUGGCAUUUGGAGAAGUAGCCGUUCGAUUUUCUUCGAGAUAUCACUAUUUCGAGAUUUUGGGACCUCCGGCGACCUAAAAAAGCACCAAUUUUGGCUAACUUUGGGUGAAGUUAAAACAUACUUGGCCAAACUCCCAAUAGUUCUUAUAUUUUUUCCAUAACACCUAUCGCUUCGUUAGUCGACCGGAAUAUGUUAAACUUCCUUUGCUUAAAUACUCUAUUUUUUACCUGGUGCUAAAAAUCGCUCCUGAAUCGUUAAUGAGCGUCACCCAAAUUUCAGUCAUUUUCAGUUGACUGUUUUACCGAGAUGCGGCAGUUUAUUUCAAAAGUAAAAUCAUUUCUAGAUGGCUUAUUGUGCUGUUAUCAAAAUCCAGUUUGUUUAAAAUUGGUAUCUAGCAGCAAAUUGGAGAAAAUGGCAUGCGAAAGUACAAUAAUAAGCGUCGAGUAUUAAUAUUUCCCGCCAAAUUUUAUAGCGCCACGUUUCGUUUUACUGUGAUUGUGGUUCGUAAAUGUCUUAAAAUAGAUUUUUACGACUUCAGAAGAGAUAAUUGAAAACUUUUAUAUCCCUAAUUACAAGGAAAAACAUUAUAAAUCACCGUAUUCAUAAUAAUCUUUUUAAUAAGCAAGCGAGAUCGUCGAAAAACGAAGCCCAUUUUUCCCGCGAAAGUUUUAAUUUAUUUGUCACGCAGUACAAUAAAGCCGGACUGUAUUCUCAGUUCUGAGCUUUUGACGUUGGCCAGAAAACAAACUUAAAUCAAAUAAUACCAAGAAAAUUCAAAAUUAUCCUAAUUAAAUUACUUCAUAGAGACACCCCGUUUCCAUCGAACGCUAGAGUUGUCACGAAUUUAAUGAUCGGACGUCACGACAGGUUGAAAACAGAUCAAAACGUGAAUUGUUCAUUCAGAUCGGAGGAAUCGCCAUGUGGCUUGCGUGGAGUUGGUACGGUUAUUCUGCCGUUACUUGCCUGCAAAAGAGAUAUGACCUUUCAUCUUCUUAGUCUGAAAAUCAGCGUAAAACGUGGUAGAGGAAGCACCGAGGUCAGCGAAACAGAGUUAAUUUUAAACCGUGCAGGUCUUUUGGGUGCUGUUAGCAAUGACGAAAUGCAGACCAUGACAAUCUGUCCCAAGCAUAGGCUGGAUCUUACGACUAACUGGCCGGGUCGUAAAGUCGAAAUAUGUUGUUAUCCAGACCAUGAAGGUACCAAGAGAGGACUUAAACUCCCUAGACGUGUAAACGCUGAUAUGUCAGCGGAAAUCUUUGUUUUAUUCAAUGCUGUGGUUCCUAUUGGCUCAGGUUAGUGUAAUGCAUUCAUUUUUACAGAUUUUCUUUUUUAGCUUAAAGUAGUUCCCACGAUUUGCAUCAAAAGGGUGGAACACGAACGCCCGUAAGCAAGUAUUUGCGACAGAUUGCAGUUUCCCAUGACUGAUGCUUUACUCAAAAAGGGUGGUUUCAUUGUGUCCAAACCGCGUGUACCGAGUGAUAAAGACACCUUAUUGCCAUCAAGCCAAUGGGGAAAAUCAUACUUAAGCCCCGCUAAAAUAUUUUUUCUUACCUUGAACUCUAAUUUUACUGACAACAUAAACUUUGCGUGCAAAGCUAAUUGAAAGUACAAAAAACGUUUUGCUUCUAAGUUGUCGCAACACCUGUUGUAGUAAUCUGUGCCAGAAGAGCCUUUUCAUGACAACCAAAAAGUAAACUAAAUUAGUAUUGACAGUUUCUUUUUCUUUUGCAACUGUUUUUGAUGAAAAUCCGAGGGUUCGUGAAAACGAAAGUGAACGUACGCAAAGGGCAAACAUAAUUAGAUUACAGUUUCUCCACAGCUGACACUCUUUUUAUUUAUUCACAAAUGAGGCGCAACAGAAAAAAGGAUAUGAAAAAAAAAAUACAGCAAGUUGUUCAACAGGAUAAAAAAGUAUUAACCCAGGAUAAAUUAGUAUUACAGUUUUACAGAAAUUAACGAAAGGUUUAUUUGUUAUAUACUGAAAAAUGGCCUUAGAAAUGGUAAUAAAAUCAAUUACCGUGAAGUAAACGCAAAAAAGUUACAACAGAGAAAUAGUCUAGUCGGAAGGGAGGGUUCCCAUGCACCCCUAGGAUAUAUUUUUCUAACUUACAUUUUUGUAAUCCUCAAGAUGUCUUGAAAAAGAAAUUCUAUGUUCCCAUCGCGAAAUAUUGUCCCAAGGCCUUUUUUUCGUGCUCUUUGUGGCGGCCAUCUUGGCAGCCAUCUUGGUUUUCUAACGAAACUUAAUUGCGACUAAUUAGUUUAUCAAAAGAGGCAAAUAACUUUUAUUUGCGUAUACUUUUACUAUAACGAAUACCUUUAAAGUAUAUACGUCCUUUUUUUGACAAAUUAAAUAAAUUUGAAGUAAACAGUGAAAACAAAUAAAGUAUGAUUUACGCUCAGAAUAAAGAAUAAAACUUAACAUUAUAUUCAACUCAGUUUUUUAUGAUUACCUCUAUUAAUUUUUCCAUUUUAAAAAAGGGCAAGCACAGAUUAAAAAGAAUCUUAUAAAGUCCAGAAUUGGAUCAAAGCGAAAAUACUAUUAAAUAAGUCACCCUACUGCCUUCUUAAAUCAGACUAUGCUUCUAGUACUACAAUCCUAAUGUGAAACAGGCCAAGCAGCACAUGAACUAUUAACUGGGCCACUGUUUAAUUUACAACUUCAUUUGAAAUGGUUAUCAAAUAUGCAGGGCAUUUUUACGUAUCGCUACUUCUUCUUUUCACUUUAACUUUUAUUCUACACGCCUGUAUAUAAAAACGAAAAAAAUAUAUGUGAAAAUUUGGAUAGUUUGUACUUAAACUGCGAUUUCAUUUUGAUACUAAUUAAAAAUGCGUUACGUCAUAUUUUCACAUUAUUUUAAGAAAGAUUUGAACUAUGUUUUGCACUUUUAAGAGUCUAAAUCGUUCAAAAAAAAAAUCACUAUUAGAAUUUUAAGAGAUGAAACGCAAAGGUAAUAACGCUAACAGACAAGACUUUCUUCACAAGCGGCCCGCUCUUCGCCGUAUUUUACAUGCGAGUCGCAUUCACCAUGGCGAUUUCACAGCACUCAGUAAUGUCAAGGGAUCUGCUACUGAGAAGCUUUCCCAAUUACAUGAAGUUCGUGACAGGCGAGUUAUGAAACCUCAUGAUUCACCGAAUCGCAUGGAAGACGUUUGUUUGCAGAUUCCAGAGAAUCUCCAGGGUGCAAAUUUAGAAGCAAUCUGCUAUCACCUGUUACCAAAGGUUUACUAAAAACCAGGAUAAGUUGAAGUCCAGUGUGACACCUAAUAGUGAAGCCACAACAACAACACGUUCCCCUCGUAAAUCAUCAUCCUCAUCUGCUCCGCAGCUGUUUCCUCCAAAUGCAUUUUCUGUGAAAAGCUUGAACUGAAAUCGUGUGGAAAAACAGAGCAAUGCAUCAAGUUCCCAGUGUUCAAGGACAAAGACGGAGCUCUAAAGGAGCCUACUGGGAAACAGAUUGAGCCUCGAGCCCUCGAGCUUGGCAAUAGUCAUCUUCAUCGCAAAGUACAAGGGGAAGAUUUGUUUGCACGAGAGGCCCAGUUUCACCCGUCCUGUCGCAGUUUAUUUAACUUGAAGUAUUUAAAUCAUCUGCGUGAUACGUACAGCCCGAGCCACAAAAGACGUGACAAAACCGAAACAGAUCAGGGUCAGAAGGCAUCUGCACAUCUGAAGGCAUUCACUGCCGUGCUUGAUUUUAUUUAAGAUUCCGUUAUUGAACAGAGAAUAGUUCUGUUGCUUUCUUCUCUACGUCUUCUCUACGUCCAAGAGUUGGAGAAAAAUGGCUUUCCUAAUCCAGAGUACAGAAGUGAGAAUUUGAAAGCACGACUUGACAAUCAUGAGAUUUGUGAGUUGAUCACUAUCGCAAAUGUCAACCGGGGUGACAAAGGUUGUAUCACCUAUAAUCUGGUCUACAGUGCCGCCAUGUUCGUUGCUGAAGCACUAGCCUAUGCAUACAAUUUGGGGUCCAAAGACAAGUAUGAAGAUGUCGCUCUCCUCCUACGCAGCUCGAUUAAGCAGGCUUUUAAAGAGUCGAAGCCACUUCCCUGGCCUCCUUCAGCCGACAAUCUUGAAGUCAAGUCAUCUGAGGAACUACUCCCAUCUGACCUUGUGAAAUUCCUGAACUGUGUCAUAGAUGAUCCCAUUGACAUUGACGAGCACAUGCGUUACUCCCUUAAGCCUGUACCUCACAGCCUUGGAACACCUGACCAAUUUUUCAACAAGACAAACAAGGCUACUAUGCUGCAGUAUAUGAUGGACGAUGCUCCUGAAGAAGUUAUUUAUCCGGCGGAGAGCCUCUACAUACAGGAUGGGAACGCACUUUUCCGUGUCCUGAAGAACCUACCACCAACGUUUGGUGAGAUAUGCCUUCAGCUACUAGAUGGUGGCUAAGAAGAAUUUUGUCUUCUCAACGGAUUCUUACCAUGCAGACUCCAUCAAAUCACAAGAACGACUCCGUAGUGGUUUCUCCCAGCGGUAUAUCCUAGAGGGACCAGCGACCUUGCAAAAGAAAAGAAUUAACUACAGCUCUGCCAACUAAAGCUGUGAGUGUAGGGGAGCAAGACAGCAGCCUCUCAGCUGGAGAAAUGUGAAACUGCUCAGAUAGUGGUUGAUUGUAAGGCGUACCAACUUGGAAUACUUUAUGGCGAUGUGAGUACAUUAAAAUAAGAAGGCUGCAAGCUAUGAUUGGCAAAUGCGUAUUGCUACAGUGCAGGUUUAUUUAAUUAUAAUUAAAAAUGACGCAUUUCAGGUGGCGAUACACGAGAUUGAAGAGCUUGUAUCCAACCAGGAGACAGACACCAGAGUUGUGCUGUACCUCGACUAUGCCGUCAGGCGUGGAUUCAAAUCGGCUGUGGUCAGGACGUCAGACACAGACAUCUUUAUCCUGCUUCACUAUGUGCACUCAAUCCCAAUUACCAUAUACCUAGAUACUGGAUCUCGAAAGCAUCGUCAAAUUAUAAAUGUCAGUGAGCUAUCAGAAUCUAAGGAGCCGACUACUACACUGCGCUGCUCGGUCUAUACUUGUUUACCGGUGAAGAUGUUCCAAGUGCGUUAAAGGGCAAGGGUAAGGUGGGACCCUUAAAAAAGCUGCAGAACCAUCCUAGGUACCAUGACGCAUUUAUGUGAGCGUUUUUGCUUUACAUGGCAGUAAUGAGUUGUAAUAUUGACACCUACUAGUAAAUUAAUAAUGUUGCCAUCAUUUGUUUUGUUCUUGUUUUCGUUUAGAAAACUUGGAGAUGAGUGGUCUGUAGAUCAAGACGUUACAGAUGAACUAGAGGCAUUUACGUGUUUGAUGUAUGACUACACGCGGGAGAAGUCUGUUGAUUCCGUACGCAACAUAAUGCUUAAGAAGAUGGUAGGAGAGAAUGAGGAACCUAUAAUGAGAUCAAAAGAAGACCUGUCCCGGCUUCCACCUUGCAAAGACAACUUCAUUCCACAUAUUUGGAGAGUGAAUUACCGCCUUGCCAACCACAAAAGAGCUCAACAGGCGACAUUUUGGCGCCCCAAUCCCUACGAUUCAGGCCAGGGUUGGCAGAAGACCGAGGAAGGUAUCCUAGGGACGGUGUGAUCAUGUGAUGCUAUACUUCCCCCCUCACUCGUUGACCUGUUGGAGAAAACAACUGAGGAGAGACGGAAAAUGUCGCAGAGGAGGAAGAGUAGCAGGAGAUUGACUUUGAAGAGCUUUUAAGUAAUGAUGAGUAGGCAAAUAAAAGGCCGUUAAUCAGUCAUUUAUGUACUGCUUGGCCUGUUGCACAGUAGGAUUGUAGUACACUAGUAAAAUGUAGCUACAAUGUUGCUAUUGGCAUGGGUAGCUAUUAGGUGACUUACUUUGAAAUCUCUUUUGCUCUGAUUCUUUGUUGAACUUUGUAAGUAAGCGACUAGAGUGAGUAAAAUAAACUGAGUUAACUGGAAAAGUUAACAGAGGUAAUAAUAAAAAACUGAGUCGAGUAUAAUAUUUUUUUCUUUAUUCUGGGCGUAAAUAAUACUGUAUUUGUUUUCACUGUUUACUUAAAAUUUAUUUAAUUUGUCAAAACCAUGACAAAUAUACUUUUUAAAGAGUCAAAACUCUGUUUCGCUGACCUCGGUGCUUCCUCUACCACGUUUUACGCUGAUUUUCAGACUAAGAAGAUGAAAGGUCAUAUCUCUUUUGCGGGCAAGUAAGGGCAGAAUAACCGUACCAACUCCACGCAAGCCACAUGGCGAUUCCUCCGAUCUGAAUGAUCAAUUCAUGUUUUGAUCUGUUUUCAACCUGUCGUGACGUCCGAUCAUUAAAUUCGUGACAACUCUAGCGUUCGAUGGAAACAGGGUGUCUCUAUGAAGUAAUUUAAUUAGGAUAAUUCUGAAUUUUCUUGGUAUUAUUUGAUUUAAGUUUGUUUUCUGGUCAACGUCAAAAACUCAGAACUGAGAAUACAGUCCGGCUUUAUUGUAUUGCGUGACAAAUAAAUUAAAACUUUCGCGGGAAAAAUGGGCUUCGUUUUUUGACGAUUUCGCUUGCUUAUUAAAAAGAUUAUUAUCAAUACGGUGAUUUAUAAUGUUUUUCCUUGUAAUUAGGGAUAUAAAAGUUUUCAAUUAUCUCUUCUGAAGUCGUAAAAAUCUAUUUUAAGACAUUUACGAACCACAAUCACAGUAAAACGAAACGUGGCGCUAUAAAAUUUGGCGGGAAAUAUUAAUACUCGACGCUUAUUAUUGUACUUUCGCAUGCCAUUUUCUCCAAUUUGCUGCUAGAUACCAAUUUUAAACAAACUGGAUUUUGGUAACAGCACAAUAAGCCAUCUAGAAAUGAUUUUACUUUUGAAAUAAACUGCUGCAUCUCGGUAAAACAGUCAACUGAAAAUGACUGAAAUUUGGGUGACGCUCAUUAACGAUUCAGGAGCGAUUUUUAGCACCAGGUAAAAAAUAGAGUAUUUAAGCAAAGGAAGUUUAACAUAUUCCAGUCGACUAACGAAGCGAUAGGUGUUAUGGAAAAAAUAUAAGAGCUAUUGGGAGUUUGGCCAAGUAUGUUUUAACUUCACCCAAAGUUAGCCAAAAUUGGUGCUUUUUUAGGUCGCCGGAGGUCCCAAAAUCUCGAAAUAGUGAUAUCUCGAAGAAAAUCGAACGGCUACUUCUCCAAAUGCCAUGGUUGUUAAUCUUUUCAGAUAGCUUUCAUACUGUGAAAACAGGAAGGUAAACGGCUGACCUCGAUCUUUUGCUAUUGCCCGGUUUUUUCUGACAAUAACACUUAAUACGUCUUGAAGACGUGCUAACAGACGGAUAAUUCGUCUUACACGGAUCAUCCGUCUCUGAAUUUAUAUCUAGACGGAAUGUAGACGGUUUUUUGACGAAGUUUCCACAUGAGAGGGACUGGUUUCUAUAUUAUCGCAAUGUUUCCUGUUUCCCGCGGUCGUUUCCCGCUAAAAAUAUCUAUACUCUAAAUCAGAAAGAUCUGUUUUAGCCCUGAAAAUAGGGCCGUUUCGGUGAGUAAAAUACAGUCCUAUUUUUGAGUCUAAUUUGGCUCCCUUAAGGUGAUUCCCUAGUAAAAGAACCUAACAUAUAUUGUAGAUGAAACUUGGUAGACUGAUCUAACAAGUCAAGAAGAUGAUAAAAAAAAAGUAGCAAAAAGUGGGGGUCACCGUGCUCGUUUUGACGUCACAAUGCUGACAAAUACGGCUCUUUAGGACCCUUUUACAAAAACCGAGGGCAGCGCAAAACUAGACAAAAAGGAGAGAUUUUUUCGAUGAUGCAUGUGGUAUCGCUCAGAAUGGACUUUAAUGUAUUUUUUCUCCACUAACGUUCCAGAAAAAUGCCUUUUAAUGCCCUUGUUUUUACUUUACGCUACAAAGUAGAAUUAAAUUGGAAACGCGCUCUUCGACCCGUGAUAGCUGAAUCCCUACAAUUUAGUAAAAUUGCCAAAAAACUGAACAUAGUUUUGUGCCAAUUUUUUUCUCAUCGAAAGGAAGCACUGUCCUUAUUAUAAUCAUGAAAUAAAAAAUGGGGGCCACCUAGUCGUUUUGCGGUAGAGCUGCAGAAAGUGCGCACCAAAUGCAUUUUCCUUGAUUUUUGAGAGAGGACUGGGGUGAGUUUCAAAAUAGAAUCUAUGUGAAAGGGGGAGGAAAGUAUUAAAAAAUCCGUUUUUACAGAAUUUAUAGAUAUCACAUUUAGGACACAAUGUGAUAAAGAAAGCGUUUAAAUGAAAAUCAAAGUGAGUAAGCACAAGUUUAACAUUUAUCGAGGUUCUGGAGGUUCUCCGUGAGGAAGUCGAACUCAGCAACACACGUACUGCUUACGUUAUGCACAUUCCCAACACAUUGAGUGUCACCUCGCCAAGAAACAACCGCAAGCAAAACUUCCAAUAGCGUUUCUCUUCAGUCAACUUCAUUUUAAUAAUGUUACUUCACAUGCUCUUUUUUACGGCGGCCAUCUUGUUAUGCGCGGUAAGAGAUGCGCAGUGCAAGACCAGGCAAUCGCCUUAAAUCAGGGCCAAUACACUCCAAUUAGCUAGGGCUGAUUUGGUCCCAGGGCUGAAAUGGAACCUACCGUGGGCUGGAAUAGCCUUUUGAUAGAGCUUUUUUGGCCUAAAUUGUGCUCAAAUGGCUCCAGGAAGGGCUGAAUCAGACUUUGGCCUGCAGGGCUGAAUUAAGACUUUGGGGCUGAAACAGAUCUUUUCAAUUUUCAGUGUAGACAAAUUAUGGAGCAAAAUUCAGAAAUUCGGCUUCGGAUGUAUACUCGGAUAGACGGAUAACUCGUCUCUAGUAUAAAUUCGGCCAUUGUGUAGUUUGGUAGCUGUUUCCAACUUUCGUGUACGUUUUAGUAAUACAACUUACGGAGAGAACCUCAAGGCUUGACUAAUCUCAAAUUAUUUUUCGGGCUUCAGAGAGCAAGACGCCGCCGAAGAAGACUUUAUGAAAAGUUUUAUUAUAAAGUCCUUUUCCCUACAAUCACGAAACGUUACCUGGAAAAACAUGGAGCAUCUUUCCCAAUUUCAAGUAAGAACAAAUUACUCUAA